AUUUGCUGAAAUAUUUGGAUGGCGAAUCUAUUGUCCAGUUGCGCUCCGUUUCAAGUGAGAUGUGUCGACUUGUUACUAAUAGUCGUGCGGCGGUGGAGAAGAUCCAGAUUUGCAUAAAGGAGAUUGGCGACAUUGCCAAAAUUAAGGAUGAUUCGACUACACGGUGGACGAAUUUUAGAAUUGCAUCAAAGAUAACUGACCACCCGAGAAAUCUGUUGACCACGCUGCUAAAGACGUUUGGGGCGGGAAAAAUUAAAAGAAUUGGUUUUGGAUUCCGCGCGGAAUUUGAAAUCAGAGAAUUAAACGAGAUUUUUAGUUCGAUGCGGAAUUUGAAAGUUUUACGUGUUUAUGUAACGCGUAAGGUGGGGGAGUUGGAAAUUGGUGUUUCGACAAGGUUGGAAAAUCUGAGGGUUUUAGAGAUUAAACCGAGCUGCGUGGUUGGGGAGUUUUUGAAGUGGGCGCCGAAUUUGAGAUGGUUGGCCAUUUGGACGGAAGAAUUCCGACGAAUUUCCAUGGCAACUAGGUAUCGACGGCAUACUCCAGUUUUACCUGCCCUCGAAGAUUAUUUGACAGCUCGAUUUCAAAAUUCGAGAAAUACUGGGAAAUUUUCCAUAGAAUUUAAGCAAACUAAUGAAAACGGUGUUGAUAAAAGACGUAAAUUUUGCGGAGUUUUGACAUCAAUAGAGGAAAUUUUGCACUUGUGCAGAAUCUGUGGUCCCGUCGGCGUUGGGAUUUUUGGCGUUAAGGCUGGCAGCUUUUGGCCGGCGAGUUCAAAUUUAUGUAAAGACGACGCACUAUUUGGAGCGAUAGAAUCCAUGACGGUAGGAGAUUGGGAUAGGGAUCAGUAUUUCCCCCCGCAAUACAGAGAAGGGGCGAAACCUGUUAGGUAUUUUGUGAAGUUGGGCGCCCACAUGGCAGAGGCUGGGUGGGACGUGUGGAAAAUAAAAUUGCCACGCGAUAUUCUGACGGAAAUUGUGGUCAGGGUGGAUAGAGCCAGAAAUGAGAAGGGAGACUGGGCCACCCAACAGCAGUUUAACGGAAUGGAGAUCUUUUUUCGGGAAGUUUUUCACGAACGGGAGAAUUUACGGAGGUUUGAACUUGUAGAGGAGAACUAUGUCGAAGAAUUGGACGAGGUGUUGAAUCUUGUUGGAAAUUUUGAUCUGUUUCCAAAUCUGGAGGAGGUUUGUGUAACCAUGAAGUGGACUGGGGGGAGGGAGAUGUUUCUGGAGAGGUUGAAAAAGUUGGAAAUGAAGGGAGUCAGGGUUUCGGGAAGGUUUUAAUGGGAAGUUAAGAAAGAUGGAGGAAAGAGGAAGCGAAAUUCCGCCCUGAAUGGAUGAAUCUU